AGCUAUUUCAUCACUCCCAAGGCCUUAACCCACUCGAGUACUGAACUCGCUUUCUAAUUCCUAUCGACUCUGUACCCUAAAACCUUCCCACUCACUCCUCUUAUUCACUUCACUUAUCUUCUUCGCCCUCCUGUGUCCUUUAUAUUUCCUUUCCUUGAACCAAUAAUUCACCUGAAACCGUAUAGUUUUAAACCCAACUCGAGUUUUGGUACAGGAAUGGCAACGACCUAUCAAAUCCACGAUCAAGUGACCGCCACUGAGUAUGCUAAAGUCUUGGAACAUUUCAAUGCUAGAUAGAAGAGAUUUAUCUGCUGAACCGAAUAUGCUGAAGGAUCAGGCUGUUGUUAAUAUUGGUCCUCCUACGAAUAAUGUAACUCAAUCAGAAUAUUUGAGCUCCGUUGGGGAUCUUAAUGUUAACUUUUCUCCUACCACAUAUCCAGUUCAAUCCCAUCCAAUUUACCAUGGAGGUUAUAAUGAUUCAACUGCCCAAUGGGGUGCAUUCCUUCCUCAUUCCCAUACCGAAGGCCUGAAGAACAGUGCUCAUGGCAUUUACAAUGAAACUUCAUCUCUUCCAUUUCAUGGUUACGCAAGCAACUCUCAAAUGGUCCAGAGACCAUAUUCUCCUAUCGCAUCACAACUGCCUUUUGUUCCUGGCCAUGGCCAGUUUUACAAUGAACAUUAUUAUCCCGCCUCAGAUCUGCCUCAUCAGCAGCGACUAGUUCCUCCAAACCAUCCAUGCAAUUUGCCACCAACUUCUAUUUCUCAGUCAGAGCUGUGUGCAAACAUUGAUGUACAAGGGGCCAGUGAGAGAUUUGUGCCAAGACAAGGUUACCUGCCUGUGUUGGGAUCUUCUGGUAGAGGAAACAUCCUCCCUGUAAACUCUGGCAGUUUUAACUUAUUGCAACAAGGGUUUGACGAGUUUGGAGUUGGUGGAUUGCGGUCAGAACGGUUGAAGUUCUUGAAUGAGAAGAGUUCGUUGGCACAAUUGUCAGCAUCGGCACAUUCUCCAAAACCGAUUGGUUCACUAGGGUUCCCUAAAAAUAAUUUUGACAUGGCUUCUCAACAAAAAGAACUUUUGUCUGGUUUUGGAUCUCAUUCAAGCUCCAGCUACAAUGGCAAUCCUCAGCAUCAAUGUGGUAAGGGCUCUAGCUAUGGAAUUACGUCCACUCACAGCUUGGGAAUGAGCAAUCAGAACUGGCCCACAUUGGACGAAGCAAGACUAGGGGAGAGGUGCAGUGACUUCCCGUGUGGUUGUAGUAUAUCACUUGAUACGCUUAGUGAGCGAAAUAGAGGACCACGAGCAUUUAAGCCAAGAAGUCAGACUGCAACAAAUGGAACUAUGAUUGAUAAUUUCAAGAAUGACACAUUUGCUGACAUUUAUAGAGAGUGUUAUAAGACUUUUGCAACAGACUAUAAGGAGGCAAAGUUCUUUGUCAUCAAAUCUUACAGUGAAGACAAUGUUCACAAGAGCAUAAAGUAUGGUGUCUGGGCAAGCACCCCAAAUGGCAAUAAGAAGUUAGAUACAGCUUAUCAUGAAGCAAAGGAGAAAGAGACAUACCCAAUCUUUCUGCUGUUUUCGGUGAAUGCAAGUGCCCAGUUCUGUGGAGUGGCUGAGAUGAUUGGACCAGUUGACUUUGACAAGAGUGUCGAUUAUUGGCAGCAGGACAAGUGGUCUGGACAGUUCCCGGUCAAAUGGCACAUUAUUAAAGAUGUUCCUAACAGUCAGUUCCGUCACAUUAUUCUUGAAAACAAUGAUAACAAGCCAGUCACUAACAGUAGAGAUACUCAAGAGGUGGGAUUGAGACAGGGUAUCCAGAUGUUGGACAUAUUUAAGAACUACGAAACUUGCUCAUCAAUCCUAGACGAUUUUCAGUUUUACGAAGAACGCCAAAAAGCAAUGCGGGAAAGGAAGUCCAAACAACAAGAAUCGAUUCCCGUGGCUAGUCAUGUCGCUGAAAUUAGCGAGCAACUUAGCUCCACUUCACUUUCAGAUGACUUCGUAAAGAGAAUGUCAAGGAGUUUUGCUCAAGCCUUGUUGUUGAGUGAGAGAGAGACAAAGAAUACUGAUUUCCAAGGGGUUGGCCGGAGAAAUCAAUCAUAAGAAAGAUGAAGCCGACACUCAUCGUGACAAAGUACUAUAUUUCAUAGGUUCUUUGGAUGGGGAUUCUUAAACCUUAACUCCCACCUAUCAAUACUUCAUUUGUUUAUUUCUUUUGGGGUUAUUUUGAUUGUUCGCAUGCAAAUCAUUUUUGGAUUGCUAGCCUGAAACAUAUAUAGUAUACAUAUAUAUAAUGUUCAAUAUCUAUCUUUGACUUUGAUAAUGAAUAUUCUAUAUAUUAUGGAAA